AUGCUACAGCAUCUAGGCACAACUCAAACAAAUCUCAAUUCACCGUCUCAUCCACAUAGUCUUAAUCAGUCUGAUACGCACGAUCCUUCUCAGCACCAUGAUACACUGACUACAGUAUUUAAAGAAAAUACUUCUUUGCAAUAUGUAUCCUACACACAUAAUACGGAAAUCAUCGCAGACUCUACACUAGUUAAAGAUCAACAAACCAAAUACACUUUGCAAGAUAAACAACCUCAUCCACGUGUUGCUUUUGAAACUUUUGACCAUCAGCAACAUCGUAGCUCAAUCUUCCCUAUUACUAUUUCCAAGUCUGAUUUACAUCUGUACCGACAACAAGAGGAUAUUUAUCCAAUGGUAGCAUCUGCUUUUGGUGUUACUUGCUAUCUUCUUCCGCAGUUUUUGUUGUAUCAUGAUCAAAUCCAUGCCGCUCAUAUUACUCCCGUAUUAGACUCCUCUGCACGAAAACAAUCUCUUGUUCCAUCGUUGGUUUCAUCCAUACAUGCCAACAUGGCUUGUGCAGUUGUCAAGAAAAAUCCAGAUGUUAGAAUCGUUGAGCUCUCCACAACGGAUACACAGUCGUCAGAAGGAUCAAAAGAUAUUUGCUACAAGGCAGAUUGGUUGGACUAA